GACAGGACAAAGCCUCCAGACCAACCUUCAGACCUGGUUACAUAGCUAUAUAGCUAUGUCCAUAUAACCUUUAUAGAAACUAAAACUUGAUUGGUCAUUACCACAAAGUCGCAAAACCUUGUUACGUGUUGUGUAAGUUUCUUGAUUUGAAAAGAGAACCGUGUAUUCCAUGUAAAUAUAGUAAAAGUACGAAGUAGUACGAGAUUAUUGGCAAGUUUUGUUCACAGAAACUACUUCAUUAAAGUAUCCUCAUUAUGGCAGAAGCAAAAUCUGAUGUUCUUCARCUAGAUGGAAGUCUAAUGGAGGGGGGAGGACAAAUUCUCAGAAAUUCCGUGACAUUUGGUUGUUUGCUAAAUCGAAAAGUGAAUKUGUAUAACAUACGUGCAGGGAGGUCAACACCUGGGCUUAGACCACAACAUAUGACUGGCUUACAGCUGGUGCGUGAUGUUUGUGGUGGAAAACUACAGGGUGAUUCUGUUGGUUCUUCAUCAAUAACUCUUAGUCCAUCGAAAAUAAUGUCAGGAAACUUCACUGCUGACACAAAGACUGCAGGGAGUAUUUGCCUGCUGAUGCAAGUAGCAUUACCAUGUCUAUUAUAUGGACAAUCAAGUUCAAGAUUAACUCUUAAAGGAGGAACRAAUGCCGAGAUGGCUCCACCCAUUGAUUAUAUGAUGGAAGUUUUCAAACCUGCCGCCAAACACUUUGGUGUUGAAUUUGAUGUUGAAAUUGAAAAAAGGGGUUACUAUCCAAAAGGAGGAGGAGUUGUUCAUGUUAAGGUUAACCCUGUAAGACAACUCAAAGCUGUAGAGUUUGUAAAAUUUGGACAAAUUCUCAGAUUCACAGGAUUUGCAUUUGUUGCUGGAGUUUUACCAUAUAAGGUAUUUAUAUGUCUAUGUUCAUCUCUUUUUACAUUACAUUUAGGUGUUCCUGCUGAACGUGUUGCUGGUGAUGCCGUGGAUGAACUUUUGCGCAAUGUUGAAAGUGGAGGAUGUGUUGAUGAACAUCUGCAGGAUCAGUUAAUAAUAUUUAUGGCUCUGGCUGCUGGGAAGUCAAGAGUGAGAUCAGGUCCACUGACCAUGCAUACAAAAACAGCCAUUCACAUUGCAGAAUUGGUCACCAAGGCAUCAUUCACCGUUACACCAUGUGGUACAGACAACAGCCCUGAGACAUUUCUGAUAGAAUGUGAUGGUAUAGGAUUGAUAAAUGAGAACAUAUYUGAAUAAAAUACUUUUAAUAAAUU